AUGUUCAACAGAAAAACCUUCUGCUCUCUUGCCAAACACACACCUGGCUGUCCUCAGGACCUGGCCUACGCCUCCUUCCUCUUCGAUAAGCGUCCUCGGCGUGGCCGCCAUGUUUCAUCCCGCUGUGACGUGUGCAGCGCCUCCUUCCACCAGCUGAGGCGUCGCGCUCUGCGUCGCGCGCUGUGCCUCAGGGGGGAGAUGACACGGGGCGGAGUCCAGUACACCUACCUGGGCGGGGGCGGAGCCGAAGGGCUGGCCACAGUCACGCCCCUCCCCCUGACCGCUCAGCACCACCUGGAGGGAAUGUGGAGCGUCUCCUGCUGCUCACCUGAGCAGGCUUUGACUUCAGGAGGCCACCGGACCCUGAAGGCUUCGACUCACAAUGUCUCCACCCAAACCAGUCAACCAGCAUCUGCUGCGGCCGCCUUCUUCAUCAGGGCGGCUCAGAAGCUCAGUCUGUCCCGCAGGAGGAAGUCCCCGUCAGGCCCCGCCCCCUCUCCCAGCGAGGCCCCGGGGCCCCCGCUGUACAGCGGUGGCUUCAGCGGGGCCCUGCAGGUCUCCUCGCCCCCCGUCCCACCAUGUCUCCUCCGAGCCAGGUCAAAGGUCAAGGACGUGCCGGGGAUGGGGAAGGUCCGGGUGAUAGUCCGGAUCUGCAGCGAGUCCUCAGAGACCAUGUCCCUCCUCAAAGUGGACGGCAGGAAGAAGCUGCUGACUCUCUGCGAGACGUCGUCAGGCGGACCAACCGCCGCCGCCCAGAGACGGACCUCCACGUCGGUUCCCAAGACCUUCACCUUCGACGCCAUCUUCUCCCAGGAUGCUUCACAGGCUGAGGUGUGUUCUGGGACGGUGACUGAGGUCAUCCAGUCGGUGGUGAACGGAGCAGAUGGCUGUAUCUUCUGCUUCGGACAUCCUAACCUGGGUAAGACCUACACCAUGAUUGGUCGAGACUGCUCCACCCAGAGUCUGGGCGUGGCCCCCACAGCCAUCUCGUGGCUCUUUAAGGUGAUGGAGGAGCGGAGGGAGAAGUCUGGAGCUUGUUUCUCCGUCAAAGCGUCCGCCGUGGAGAUCUCUGGUCGGGAGGAGACGCUCACUGACCUCCUGGCUGAACUGGGGGGUCACCAGGAGGCCCCGGGCCCCGUGGUGUCACUGAGAGAGGACCCUCUCUGUGGAUCCCAGCUGCAGAACCAGGCGGAGCUGCGGGCGACCAACGCAGAGCGAGCAGCGUUUCUCUUGGACGCCGCUCUGACAGCGAGGAGGAGCAGCCGGGCACCAAGCGACCAAGAGGCCCAGAGGAACUCGCACUUCCUGUUCACCCUGCACCUCAACCAAGAGAGUCUGGACAAAGGCAGCAAGGCAGCAAGUCAGUGUGUGUUUGGCUGGAGUUUGUCUGUGCGGAGUCGUCUCCACCUCCUGGAUCUGGGAAGCUGUGAGACGGACAUCAGCCGGACCAGAGAGGGAGGAGGAGGACAGUGUCUCUCUCCGUCUAUGCUGGGAAACGUCGUACUCGCCCUCGCCAACGGGGCCAAGCAUGUCCCCUACAGGGACAGUAAGCUCACCAUGCUGCUCAGCGACUCUCUCGGCAACAUCAACUGUCGAACCACCAUGAUCGCCCACAUCUCCGACUCCCCGGCCAACUACAUGGAGACGCUGACCACAGUGCAGCUGGCCUCCCGGAUCCACCGCAUGAGGAAGAGGAAGUCCAAGUAUGCCUCCAGCUCAUCCGGAGGGGAGAGUUCCUGCGAGGAAGGCCAGUUCCAUCGACCUCCUCAUCUUCGACCGUUCCAGACGAAGAUCGUGACCCUCGUCCCGGACACGCCCCGGCUGCUGUCCAGCGACCACGACUACUCCUCCAGCAGCGAGCACUCCUGCGACACCGUCAUCUACAUCGGACCCGGAGGUGUGGCCAUCUCAGACCGAGAACUCAGCGACAACGAGGGACCACCUUCCUUUGUUCCCAUCAUCCCCUCGCUGAACAAAAAGACAGUCAGAGAUGCCCCCAGGCCUGACGGCAAUCACUUGAAGUGUAACACGUUUGCAGAGCUGCAGGACAGACUCGACUGCAUCGACGGCAGCGAGGGUCCGGCCUCGUUCAGCACGGAGGGAAAAGCAGCACAAGCAGCCACUAAACCCACCGAGACAACGUCUCCACCCAGAUCUGAUCAGAUUCCCUGCCACGGGAACUCAGAAAGCACAUCAACCACAUGCACAAAUAAACCCGAUCAAUCCACAUUCCCUCUAGCCGGUGGCCUCAUGGACACUUCCAAACGGACAAGUGCAGAUGGGGAGAAACUCUCAGCCUCCCCCUUUCUCCCAUGUGUGAUGAAACCUAGUUGGAGUUUCUCCCAGGAGUCAGAGCUUGUGGUGAGGGAGAAGGUAUACCUCAGAGGAGGUGUUCCCAAGCCGUUAGCCUCUCCGUCCUUACCGAGGACAUCUAGGGUGGCAUCUCAGCCCAGGGAGGUUGUAGGUAGGACUCCCCCAGUGGGGAGUCAACAAGCGCCGAGGCGAGGCCAACUCCUGGGGUCUCCUAACAUGGAAAGGGCCCACAGUCUUCGGGCAGCUCUAUUCGGAGGAUGCCUUGACAGGGAUUUUCUGACGACUACCGUCAAAUUGCAGAAGCCUGUGGAGCUGAACGGGGAAGACGAGCUUGUGUUCACGGUCGUAGAGGAGCUUUCUCUCGUCCUUGACCCGGACAAUGGCCACCCCUCCAACCUCCUCAGCUUCAACAGCGACUGCUCUCUGCAGUCGCGAGAGCCAGAGUUAUCCUCUGGCUCUCGGCCUGUCAGCAUCAUCAGCAGUAUUAACGACGAGUACGAUGCUUACACGUGUCAACAAGGCGCUUUGGCACCUGGGGCAGGUGUUGGCACCGACUGCCAGGAAGCCUUGUUUCCACAACAUGGCAAAAAACAGUCAGCUGUUGGCUCACAGCCGAGUGAAGUGAGUGCUGAUUUGGCUGAAAGUGAAGGCACUCGUUCAACAAGCAGGCUUUACUUGAGGGACACGGCAUCAGAGAAUGCAUCCAUGCUAACCUCGCCAAGCAUAUUUCAUAAACAGAUGUUUCUGCAGCACGGCAUCAAGAGCUCCCUGAAUGACAGCGGCGUCUGUUUCUCAGAGCUGGACUGUGACCCUGCUACUCCAAACAAACCUUAUACCAAGUGUCCACCAUUCCCUGACCCCACCAAAGCCUCUCUCACAAGGAGAGCCAGUACUCUGAACACUUCGGUGUCAGGACAGAUUCCACAUCCCGUUGCCCACUCCAGUCUUCCCAGGAAAAACAAGCCUACCUCAUCUGCAGCUGUGGGCUGCAGCAGACAGGAAGGGAGAGAUGAUGAUGUUUUGCUUCAGGGAAGCAGUCAGUUUGAUCCCAGAGAGGUCGGGUUUCUCUCUGCCGGUAAGCCACCAAGAAGUGGCAUGAAUGGUGUUUCCUCUAAGAGGCCCGGAGGAAACAGUAACAGUGUACCUCGGCUACCAAAGGCAACCACAUUGUCUUCAGCUCAGAGGGUUGUGGAUGGUUGUGAGAAGUCCAGCAGCAGCAGAGGGGACAUUCUCAUCAAGCUGCCACGACUCACCGGAGGUGCAACAACUCUCGGAACCGUUUCUUUUGCCCAGAGUUCUGACUCCAAAUUGGGUCAUGAGGGUGCUUCAGUGACAGGUACCCUGAGGUUCUCAUCCUUGGGGAAAAAGUUGAAGGGUCAGAAAAGCAUUGUGAUCUCUAGGUCUGGAUCUGAAAACAUCUCCCCUCCUGCUCCACCUGUCAGACAGUCAAGCCAAGAACUAAAGACAAGGACUGCACUAUCUCCAAGUGCCUUGAAAACAUGCAGCGACACUGGAAGGUUCUCAUUCCCUAAAUCAUCAACCUCAGAGGAAGAAUUCAACAUGAGGCUGCGAGGAGAUUCAUUCAGCCACAGAACAUCUAGCUUAAAAACUGAACAUGGUUUUGUCAGAACGUCUUCCAGCCUGAAGACACGAGGGAGCAAAGCCGAGUCUUCCAGGUACUAUGGGAGUCUGAUGUCUCUGGAGAGAUGUCUCAGUCCAACUUUAGCUGGGUCUAAGCUUGAACUGUCCAGGGAGAGCAACAGCAGAUCCAACAGAUCACUUCCAAGACUCAGGGUAGCGGCCUCCUCCUCCACAUCUGAUUCUCCCUCCCAAGUUUCUCCUGUUGUCUUUGCAACUACACGCAAACUGGGGCCGGUCAAAGGCAACGGCAGCUCUCGAGCAGCAAUGUCUUGUGGACCAAAGGUUCGAACUUCAUCCACCAGCAGUUCCAAGAACCUGAGCUCCUCCCCUAAACCUCUUGAUAAUGUAGCCGGACGCAACACUAGCCUCCCUCCAACCGGUAAGUCCCCGGCUCGGUCGGGGGAGGCAGCCAAGACGGAAAGAGGCAACGUCAUGGGCACCAAUCAGGCCUUCAGCAGGGCGGCUAACAGCCGGGUCAGCGAGUUAGCCGCCGGGAGCCCAAGGAUGCAGCCCAGCAGGGGAUCCGGAGAAACAGGAAGUGAUAGCUGGUCGCCGAGCAACACGUCGCCACCGUCGCCUUACAGCAAGAUCACGGCGCCUCGGAGGCCUCAACACUACAGCAGCGACAACAGCAGCGUCCUCAGCGGAGAGCUGCCGCCCGCCAUGGGCCGCACCGCCCUGUUCCACCACAGCGGGGGGAGCAGCGGCUACGAGAGCAUGAUCCGGGACAGCGAGACCACCGGCAGCAGCUCUUCAGUGCACGACUCCGUGAGCGAAAGUGGAGCGUCGGCGGCCAACAGAAGCAGAGUUUCUAAAUCACCCAAGAAGAGAGGAAACGGGUUCCUGAGGAGGCGUCUGAUCCCAGCCACCCUCUCAGACGCCUCCUCUCUGGGCAGGAGGGCGGGGGGGCAGUGGGUGGACCCGCCCCCGCUGGGCGGAGCCCUGAAGAAGCCCUUUGAGAUCAAGGUGUACGAGAUCGACGACCUGGAGGGCCUGCAGAGGAGGAGGGAGCUGGGGGCGGGGUCAGAGCCGCUCCACGACGUCGAGAAGGGUCUACUCUACUUCAACGCCCGGCUGAGGAUGCUGGAGAAGAGACAGCAGCAGAUCCGAGAGCUGAAGAGCAAACACGGGAGACUAAAGGAGGACUUGGAGGAGACCAAGACCCAGCUGAUGCUGGACCCCAGCAAGUGGAGCGGAGAGUUCGAUGUGGACCAGGACCUGGACCUCGAGUCCCAGGAGUACCUGGAGGCUCUGUCUCAGGCCACGGCAGAGCUGGAGUACUGCGUCAACCUCUGCAAGUCCCGCGUCUUGAUGGAGACCUGCUUCGAUGCUGCCGCCACCGCCAUGCAGGGAGGACAGCAGGAAAUGGAGGUGUGAGAGGAGACACCUGGUGGACGACUGAAGGACACCUGGUGGAAGACCGGUGGACAACUGGUGGAAGACCGGUGGACAACUGGAGGAAGACUGGUGGACACCUGGUGGACGACUGAAGGACUCCUGGAGGACGACUGGUGGACGACUGGUG